UACUCUAUGGAUGAGAACCUGGAGUUCCAUAUCAAGGUCUCUUAUUUUGAAAUCUACCUGGACAAAAUCAGAGACUUGCUUGAUGUUUCCAAAACCAACCUGGCUGUCCAUGAGGAUAAGAACAGGGUGCCAUUUGUCAAGGGUUGUACAGAGCGUUUUGUGUCCAGUCCAGAGGAUGUCAUGGAUGUGAUCGAUGAGGGUAAAUCCAAUCGUCACGUGGCUGUUACAAACAUGAAUGAGCACAGCUCCCGCAGUCACAGCAUUUUCCUCAUUAAUAUUAAGCAGGAGAAUGUGGAAACAGAGAAGAAACUGAGCGGAAAACUCUACCUGGUGGAUCUUGCAGGAAGUGAAAAG